AUGAUUAUUGGAGCCAAUUUGAAUAUUACGGGAGUUGGUUUUGACAGAAUUCCAGUAAGAAAUGUAACAGUUCGAAAUGCUGGUUCACUAAUGAACAAGUAUCUAUCAAUGAAUGUAUCAGAGGGCGAUAUCACACAAGUUACAGGAGAAGAUGGGAUUUCCUACAUGAUUUCCAGUUCAUCCUAUUCAAUAGACAAUUUGAAAUGGAGAAUGACAAUAGUGUGUGAGGAGAGUGAAAUUAUGGAAAAUGUCAUUCUUAGCAGUUAUGUCAUUUUGGGUGUUGCUAUUGGAGUCACCUUAAUUGGAAUGAUGUUCAGUAUCUUGAUAGGAUAUGCCAUAACGAAACCUCUUCGAAUCAUUCAAUCCGAUUUUGCAAAGAUUGAAGUAAUGAGUUUGGAAGAUAUUGAGAGACACUCUUCAUUCUUUACCGAAAUUAGAAAUAUCUAUGUGAGCUUGUACUUGACAGUCAAGUGGUUACAGGAAUUUAGAGCUUUCCUUCCAGAGAAUAUUCUUAAUCAAUUGGAAAGCAAUGAUCCUCAGAAACCUAAAGUAAUUACAACACCUUCAGAUCAACAUGUCAUUGAGAAUUCAGCCAAACAACAUUACCUAAAAAAGGAGAACUCAUCAUACUUGGAAGAGAAAUCCUCCCAUACUUCAUCAUUCUUCCUUGGUGUUGAUACCAAUACCAAUAACAAGAUGAAUCUCUUCAAAAUUGGUUUGUCAACCCUUAACAGCUCUGUAAUGUUGGUAGUUGCACCACUUCGUGGCGAAACUACCCAUCCACAAUCAAUCAACAUGUGA